AUGGGGAUGCUAACGUUUACCCGUUUCCUCAGUCGACCAUAUCCCCAUUGCCGGGACGGUCCUACCAUCUUAUCCUUUCAACAGCAAUUCCUCAUGGAGGACUCUGCCUUGCGGGAACGCCGCAAGUCCGUUUCCACUGUGGGAACGGACUCGGUGGCCGCCACUCCGUCGGUCGACGAGUUGAUCGAUAAUCCUUUCGAUGAUUAUGACAAUGAGGAGUACCACUCGCCCACGGAUACGCCGGGGAGACUCUCCCGAAAUCCAUCCUUCUCCAACAGCAGUUCCUAUCAGGAGGACUGGGACACGUUUCCUCCUCUGGACAAGUUGACCAUCUUUGACCUGCUCGACAACAUCCAACUCUCGCAGCGCUUCGAGAAAUGGCAACAUGCAAUCACGGCGCAGCGAGAGAAAGUCCGGAGGCAACGGGAAAAGUUACGCUCGACCGGCGCAAAUGCCAAGACACGAGUGGUGGGCGAACUGCGGCGCCGAGUACCCACGGCUGAUGAGCAGCUCGAGAAGUAUCGUCGCCGCAUGAAGGAAGGUGUCGAGCGUCUGGGCAAGCAGUGGAACAAGACCGCCACAGUGACCCUGCGCGAGAAGAUCUCGUUUAUUGCUGGAGUCCUCAACAUCUUCAUCAGUGGCUAUUUGAUGGGCUCCUAUCCCCAAUUCUUCUACUACUGGUUCACCGUCCAGCUCGCCUACUUUAUGCCUAUCCGCUGGUACACCUACCAUGCCAAGGGCUACCACUACUUCUUGGCCGACCUCUGUUACUUUGUCAAUUUGCUCUGCAUGCUCUCCAUCUGGUUCUUCCCGGGAUCGAAGCGCUUGUUUAUCAGCACCUACUGCCUGACCUUUGGCAAUAACGCGGCGGCCAUUGCCAUGUGGCGAAAUUCGUUGGUUUUUCACAGCAUGGAUAAAGUGGUCAGUCUAUUCAUCCACAUCAUGCCACCUGUCACUCUCCACUGCAUCGUUCACCUGACUCCGGUGGAGAUGCUCAAGGAGCGGUUCCCCGCAGUCUACGCAAUCAAGUUCAGUCAACCGGGAGAUCCCGAGCACUACUCCCUGGGUGCCAUGAUCGCGUGGGCCACAAUUCCGUACCUGGUCUGGCAGCUAACCUACCACUUCAUGAUCACGGUUCGUCGCGCCGAUAAGAUUGCCGCCGGCCGUCCAACUAGCUUCACCUGGCUUCGCAAGUCGUACUCCAAGGCCUGGAUCGGGAAAUUCGUCCUGGGCCUUCCCGAGUCCUUGCAAGAGCCAGCUUUCAUGCUGAUUCAGUACUCUUUUGCCUUAUCUACGAUGAUUCCUUGCCCAAUUUGGUUCUGGUCACGCUGGGCGAGUGGGCUGUACAUGUCGGCUCUUUUCAUUUGGAGCAUCCACAACGGUGCCACCUACUACAUUGACGUCUUUGGCAAGCGCUUCCAGAAGGAGUUGGAGCAGUUGAAGAAGGACGUUGCCCGGUGGCAAAGCUCUCCCGAGUAUGCCUCCAGUCCACUUAUCCUUCCCGAUUCAUCUACUCCAGUGAGUGGGGCCCUCGGUGCUCCUGCGCCUCUGGAGAAGCGUGGCAGCAUUGACCGGAUCCCUCUGCUCGAUGCGACUUCGGCUGCGGUUUCUAGCGCCCACGACGCUCCUCAAGCCGGGGAGCGUGUAAUCAUCAACAUUUCACCUCUCACCUACUUCACCAUAACCAGUCUCGGUGGGUCGGUGUCCGAUCCGCAUCGCGCACCUCAACUUCGGUACGGAGGGUCCGUUCGGCUCCGUCUGUCUUGGCGCGAUCGCCAUAGACCGCCCGGCGCGGAGUCAAGCAGAUUCCAGGCCUGCGCUGCCAUCCAAUUAACUCCGGUCCUCCGACCACCAAAACUCCCGAAGCCGGAUGAUAUCACGUGA